GUGACGUCACAGGCGCACGGCGGAAGCGGAAGCCUUGGAAGGGAAAGAUGGCGGCGAAGGGAAACAAUCCCGGCCGGGCCUGGGAGGCCUUGCCCAUCCGCCAGACCCGGAGCCAGCUCGUGGAAGCCGUGAGGCGAGGCGCUUUCCUGGUGGUGGCCGGGCAGACCGGGAGUGGGAAAACCACCCAGCUCCCGAAGUAUUUGUAUCAGGAAGGCCUGGCGACGCAUGGCGCAAUUGCCGUGACACAACCGCGGCGCAUGGCGGCCAUCUCUGUGGCGCAGAGGGUGGCAGAGGAGAUGGGCUGCCCGCUGGGAAGCCUCGUGGGGUACCAUGUCCGGUUCGACGAGUGCGCCUCCGAGGUAACGUCAAUCAAAUACAUGACGGAUGGCUGUUUGCUGAGACAGAUCUUGGCUGAUCCUGAAUUGAGCCAAUACAGUGUUGUGAUCCUGGAUGAAGCUCACGAGAGGAGCCUCAGCACCGAUAUCCUCUUUGGCUUACUGAAGCUCUAUAAGAAGAAGAAGAAUCCCGGCAGAAAGAAACCCUUGAAAGUCGUGGUGAUGUCAGCCACGCUGGACACGGACAAAUUCUCCCAAUUCUUCGACGGCUGCCAGGUCAUGGAUAUCCCGGGACGGAACUAUCCCGUGAAGGAGAUUUUCUGUGGGGCCGUGGGGCCGAAGGAUGUCGAGAGCUCUGCGUAUGUUACAGAGGCUGUCAGAGUGACCUUGGACAUCCAUUUGAAUGGACCAGCGGGAGAUAUUCUGCUUUUUCUGACCGGCCAGUCUGAGAUCGAACGGACGUGCGAGUUGCUUUUCCAGAAAGCGGAGUCGAUCGAUUACCGUUUUGACGUGAGAGAGAGUGCCGUGGAAGGCUUGCUCAUCCUCCCCUUGUAUGGCUCAAUGCCGACGGAGCAGCAGAGAAGGAUUUUUCUUCCUCCGCCGCCAGGGAUACGGAAAUGUGUGGUGGCCACCAACAUCGCAGCCACGUCUCUCACCAUUGAUGGGAUCAGGUUCGUGGUGGACAGUGGGUUUGUGAAGCAGUUGAACCACAACCCAAGGGUGGGCUUGGACAUGCUGGAGGUUGUCCCUAUUUCCAAAAGCGAGGCCUGUCAGCGGGCAGGAAGAGCGGGCAGGACAGCGCCUGGGAAAUGCUUCCGAGUCUACAGCAAGGAGUUCUGGGAGCAGUGCAUGCCGGACCACAUGGUCCCAGAGAUCAAGCGCACCAGUUUGACUUCUGUCAUACUGACGUUAAAAUGCCUGGCCAUCCAUGACGUCAUCAGGUUUCCUUACCUGGAUCGCCCGGAGGAGAGGCGCAUCCUGGAAGCCUUGAAGCAGCUUUACCAGUGUGGUGCCAUUGACAGGGGGGGGCAGGUGACCCCGUUGGGCGAACUCGUGGUGCAGUUUCCCCUCCCGCCGAACCUGACCUGCGCCCUCCUCAAGGCCGCCGCUUUCGGCUGCGAAGACCUGCUCCUCCCCAUCGCAGCCAUGCUGUCGGUGGAGAAAGUCUUCAUCCGACCAGGUGACCCCGAAAGGCAAACGGAAGCCGAACUCCGGCACCGAGAGCUGACGUCCCAAGUGGGAGGCUGCAAUGACUUUGCCACUCUCCUGAACAUCUUCCAGCAAUGCAAAUCAAGCAAAUCUCCGUCAGCUUGGUGCCGAGACAACUGGAUUCAUUGGAGAGCGGUGAAGCUUGCGUUCAGUGUGGAGGAGCAGCUUCGAGAAAUCACCAACAAAUUGAAGCAGCGGCCGGACUUCCCACGAGAGCAUUUUGACGGCUCCAGGAAUGAAAUAUUGAGGAGGUGCUUGUGCGCAGGCUACUUUGCCAACGUCGCAAGGAGAUCCGUCGGCAAGUCGUUCUGCACGAUGGACGGCCACGGCAGCACUGUGUACAUUCACCCUUCGUCCGCUCUGCACAACCAGGAGGCCCAGUUGGAGUGGAUUCUCUUCCAUGAUGUGCUGGUGACCUCCAGGAUUUAUGUGCGGACCGUCUGCCCCAUCCGCUACGACUGGGUCCAGGACCUCCUGCCCCGGCUCCACGAGAUCGAUGCCUAUGCGCUGAGCAGCAUGGCGCGGGAGGAAGUGACCGAGGCGGAAAUGGCCAAGUGGAAGGACAAGGAAGCUCCGGAGGGAAGGACCGGAAACUCAACAAAAGAGACGGCAAAGAAAAUGGAGAGAAGGAACAAUGACCAGUCUAUAGAGGACGCUCGCUCCCGGUACUUGGAGAGGAGGAGACAGAGGCAGCAGGGCGUAAGGACCUCUUCGAAGGAGAUCGGCUGAGCCAGAAGAUGUGGCUUCCCAUUCAUUUCACUGUGAGAUGUCUUUGAUGGGCCAAGUUAUGGCCCAAGAGGGUCUUCAGGGUCACAUAUUCCCUUUCUUGAUGCACAGCCAGACAUUCACAUGCACAAUCCUAUGGUCACCUUCACGUUGGAGGAUCUGCUCAUGGUCAGAGAUGUCUCCUCUUUAGGAACCUGUACGUCAUCCAGUAGGAAACUGGCCUUAGAAUCAGGCUGGAGGGUCUUGGGAGCGGUUAAUAAUAAAAAUAAAAUGUGAUACAAUAUAAUAAUAAUAAUAAUAAUAAUAAUAAUAAUAAUAAUAAUACACCAUACAAACAUCAUAUCAACCUGAGAGCCAGGAAAAUAGUUCCAUCUUGUCUCCUGUGCCAUAGCAACAUGCUAUGCUAAUUUUAUAUACAUAUAUAUAUAUAUAAUAUAUACAGUAAUUUAUAAAUAUAUAAUAAAUUGUAUAAACUUGUAAUGUUGGUAAUAAUAUUAUAAUGUAAUACAAUAUAAUAAUAAUAAUAAUAAUAAUAAUAAUAAUAAUAAUAAUAAUAAUAAUAAUAAUAAUUGAUAUGAAUUAUAAGUGAUAUGAAAUCCAGCAUAUCUAUCUUGUUUGCUGUGUCAUAAUAAAAUAAUAAUAAUAAUAAUACACCAUACAGACAUCAUAUCAACCUGGGAGCCAGGAAAAUAGUUCCAUCUUGUCUCCUGUGCCAUAGCAACAUGCUAUGCUAAUUUUUUUUAUAUAUAUAUAUAUAAAUAUAUAUAAAAAUAUUUUAUAUAUAUAUAUAUACACACACACACACACACACACACACACACACACUAAUUUAUAAAUAUAUAUUGUAUAAACUUAUAAUGUUGAUAAUAAUAUAAUGUAAUACAAUAUAAUAAUAAUAAUACACCAUACAGACAUCAUAUCAACCUGGGAGCCAGGAAAAUAGUUCCAUCUUAUCUCCUGUGCCAUAGCAACAUGCUAUGCUAAUUUUAUAUACAUUUAUAUAUAUAUAAUAUACAAUAAUUUAUAAAUAUAAUAUUGUAUAAACUUAUAAUGUUGCCAGUGAUACGGUACAAUAUAGUAAUUUAAUGCUUAUAUUGUGCUAUGCUAAUAAUAUAUUGUAUGUUCAUUUGAUUUGUAAGCCGCUCUGCGUCCCCUCUGGGGUGAGAAGAGUGGGAUAUAAAUGUAGUCAAUAAAUAAAUAAAUAGAUGUGGGAGAAACAUCAGGAGAGAAUGCUUCUGGAACAUGGCCAGGCAGCCCAGAAAACAUACAAUUUGUACAUAUAAUUAUUAAGCUGCUCUGAGUCUCCUUCAGGGUGAGAAGGGCGGGUUAUAAAUGUAGUAAAUAAAUAAGUAAAACAUUAUGUAAAUAUGUUUUUUAUUUCCUUUUUUGUUAUAAAAGAAAUCACUUUUGUAUGUCUAAUAAAGAUUGAAGGCUCAUAUUGAGCUUAUUUUCCCA